CACUGGCACAGUUGGGCUGGUGAUAUUUCCAUCUAUUCUGUCCACUUCAGCAGAAUGGGUGAUGGGAAAACCUGCUUUCAGGAAUGUGCCAUUUGUAAUCUAAUAAACAGAUUUGUGCUUUUGCUCCGGAGAGGCUUCCCCUCUUAUCUUUGUUUGCUCAACCUGAACAGGCCUCCUUGGACCAAUCUGCUUCCUGGCCUCCCGGGUGACUCAGAAAACUGCCAGGAGAGGCAGCCAUGCUGAGCCUGUCGCAGCAAAAACCUGAACCGGGCGCCUCGCAGCGACCUUCGAUACAGAGCAGAUUUGUAACGGGGAAGAGCUUUUGUGCAACGAGAGCCACUUCAAGCGAUGCAUGGAAGCGUAUCCUCAGUUGGCCGAUACAUAAAUAUAUUUAGAGAGAGGGAGAAAUUGUAAACAGUGGAGUCAGAAGUCCAGGAAAAGGAGAGCGACGCAGCCUCUCACAUUCCCGGGCGAAGAUCCGAUGUGUACAGAAUAAGCCCAGAGGCUGCACGGAACAGCAGGAAACUGGGAAUGCUGUCGUUUCCCUAGCAAAAUCUUACACUCGUACUUGUGGGAGAGGAAACCCUGGUCUCUGCUGAGCCCUGAACAGGUGGCUCACGCCUCCAAGCGGCCGGAUGAGUCCUCCUUCCCUGAAGACACAGAAUCGGAGGCCAUGCGCCAGCGCUGGAGGAAAUACGCAGAGCUUUCUGACGACGAGGAUCUGCUAGCGGACGAGGCAUCCGGAGAUGGGUAUGGAAGUGGAGAGAACGGCAGCGGAACAGUCUCCCCGGACAAGCCCCUCCCCACCACAGACCUUCCAUCUCCUCCUCCUGUCGGGCUCCCUCCCCCUGCAAGCAUGACCGGUGCAGAGACCCCCGAGGACGACUCUCUGCUCAUUUAUUUCCGGGCCCUGGUGAAUUUCACAAAGUCCAUCGACUACAGCUCCCGCCUGGAUGAUGUCAACUCAGAGGAGUUCCAGGAUGUUUCCAAAGCAGUGGUGGACACGCUGGAGUCUGAAUACUACAAGAUCCCUGGACAGCAAAUGGUUAGCGUGGUCUUCAUCAAGGAGAUUGACGGCUACAUCUUUGUGGAGCUGGAUGUGGGCUCUGAGGAGAACGUGGAUGAGGACCAGAUCCGCCAAGUGCUAUUCUCGGUCAUCGAGAGCGGCUCCAUCGCCUCCUACGUCACCUCCACGUUGGGAUUCCAGUUCCGCCGCUUGGGAGAAGCCCAAACCCCACCUCCCCCCAUUACAAUGGAGCCCCCAGUGACGCCCGUGGUUCGCGCCUGCACGGCCGAUGAGUUCAGGUGCCGGAGUGGCGAGUGCAUCUCCAAAGAGUUCCUCUGCGACAGCCGAUCGGACUGCCGGGACAUGUCGGAUGAGCUGGACUGUGCUCCCGAGUGCGGCAGCGAUGAGUUUGGCUGCGACAACGGUGAGUGUGUUCUCCUGGAGGAUCGCUGCGAUGGCCACGCCGACUGUGAUGACGCCUCGGACGAGGACGGCUGCGGCAUUACCACCCCUCGACCGCCUGUCACCUCCGCACGGCCCGGCACCACUCGGGUGCCCGCUACCACGGCCUCAGUGACCACCCGCCGAGCCCCAGUCACCCCUCUGCCUGGGGUCUUCCCCACCAAACCCUCCCUGGCCCCCAUCCUGCGACCUUGCCGGAAGGACGAGGCCAUCUGCUCCAACAAGCAGUGCAUCCCCCGGGACUACAUCUGCGACGGGGAGAGGGAUUGCAGCGACGGAAGCGACGAGAGCAGAUGCGGCACCCCGAGCCCCUGCGAGCCCAACGAGUUCAAGUGCCGGAACGGGCACUGCGCCCUCAAGCUCUGGCGAUGCGACGGGGACAACGACUGCACAGACGGCUCGGACGAGCUGAAUUGCCCUACCAAGGGCCCCGGGGACACCUGCGCUCCAGACCAGUUCGUCUGUGUCUCCACACGCACCUGCAUCCCGGCCAGCUACCAGUGCGACGACGAGACGGAUUGCGCAGAUCGCUCCGACGAGAUUGGCUGCACCCCUCCCCAGGUGAUCACCCCCCCCGAGGAAUCCAUCCAGGCCGCCCCCGGAGAGACGGUCCGCUUCACCUGCGUGGCCGUGGGCGUCCCCACCCCCAUCAUCACCUGGAGGCUAAACUGGGGCCACAUCCCCAGCAGCCGCAGGGUGUCCAUCACCAGCAAGAACGGCCGAGGGACACUGGUCAUCGAAGACGUCAAAGAGGCCGACCAGGGAGCUUACACCUGCGAGGCCAUCAACGCCCGCGGGAUGGUUUUUGGCAUCCCUGAUGGAGUGUUGAGUCUCACACCUGGACGAGGACCUUGCCCAGAAGGACACUUCCACAACGAGGAAACCUCCCAGUGUUUCCCCUGCUUUUGUUUUGGCAUCACCAAAUCUUGCCAUGGCACUAGCCGGCACCGCAACCAGAUCCGCCUUCGCUUCGACACACCCGACAACUUCAAAGGGGUGAACGUGACGACCCCCUCUCAGCCCGGAACACCACCCCUCUCCUCAACCCAGCUGCAGAUUGACCCCGGAUUGCAGGAGUUCCAGCUGGUCGAUCUCUCCCGUCGUUUCCUGGUACACGACUCUUUCUGGAUGCUCCCCGGGCAGUUCCUGGGGAACAAGGUAGACUCCUAUGGAGGUUUCCUGCGCUUCAAGGUGCGCUACGGUCUGGCCAGGGGCCAAUCGGAGCCUGUGCAGAAGCCCAACGUCGUGAUUGUGGGGAACGGGCAGAAGCUGAUCUACCGUGUGCAGGUGCCCACCCAGCCCUCGGUGGUGAACCAGCGGCAGGUCCAGUUCACCGAGGAGCACUGGGAGAAGGAGUCGGGAGCCUCCGUCAGCCGUGAGGAACUGCUGCUCACCCUCCAGAACUUGGAGGCGGUUAUGAUCCAGACCGUCUAUGACAACCGGAUGGCCAGUGUAGGGCUGAGUGACAUCGUCAUGGACACGACCACCACGGAGGUCACCGGCUUGGGCCUGGCACAUGGCGUGGAGGAAUGCAGGUGCCCCUCUGGGUACGCCGGCCUCUCCUGUGAGCGCUGCGAGGCCCAUUUCAAGCGAGUGCCCGGCGGGCCGUACCUGGGCACAUGCUCUGGCUGCAACUGCAAUGGGCACUCCAGCACCUGCGACCCGUUCUCCGGCUACUGCCUGAACUGCCAGCACCACACCGAGGGGCCCCAGUGCAACAAGUGUAAGCCGGGUUUCUUUGGAGAUGCCACCAAGGGCACCCCCACCGCCUGCCGCCCCUGCCCCUGCCCGUACACCGAAGCCCCCCGCAGGUUUUCAGAGUCCUGUUUCCUGGACACAGAUGGGCAGGCCACCUGCGAUGCCUGCGCCCCAGGCUACACCGGACGUCGCUGCGAAAAAUGUGCUCCUGGCUUCAAAGGAGACCCCAUCCAGCCACGAGGAAAAUGUGUGAGGAUUGGGUUCCCCCCUAGGCCUGAAGUUGAUACUCCACCAGAGGGGCAGAGCAUCGUCGAGUGCGACAAGAGAGGGAGCAGUGAAGUGUCUGAUGGCGCUUGCCAGUGCAAGCCCAACGUCAUGGGACAGUCAUGCAACGAAUGUGCUACGGGCUCGUUCCACCUGAGCCACGCAAACCCCGAAGGCUGCCUGCGCUGUUUCUGCAUGGGGGUCUCGCGCCAGUGCUCCAGCUCAUCGUGGAACAGGGACCAGGUGCGAGUGGGGUCUGAGGACACUGAGAGAGCACAGUUCAGCCUCUCCAACUCGGCCAGCUCCCGGACGAUCACCGAGGGCAUCCGCUUCACCGGUGCCUCAGAGCUCGCUUUCUCUUCCUUCCACACUCUCCCACGAGAUGUGUACUACUGGGUGCUGCCGGAGCGCUUCAGGGGAGACAAGGUGACCUCCUACGGCGGAGAACUGCGCUACACCAUCACCCAUGACACGUUCCCCGGCUCCCCUGCACUGCGUGGCCAACCUGAUGUUCUGCUGAAGGGGAAUGAGAUCUUCCUGGAGCAUGUUGCUGAAAUGAGCCCCCUGCCUGGCUCACCCACUACGUUCACCGUGCCCUUCCGGGAGCAAGCCUGGCGUCGCGCAGAUGGUCAGAAAGCCACCCGUGAACACCUCCUGAUGGCCCUGGCCGACAUUGACGUUUUCAUGAUCCGGGCCUCCUACUCUGACCAGCAGGCGGAGAGCAGGAUCUCUGCCAUCCACAUGGAUGUGGCAGUGCCGCACACCACGGGACUGAGCCCAGCCCUGGAAGUCGAAGACUGCACUUGCCCGCCAGGAUAUCGCGGCCCCUCCUGCCAGGAUUGUGACGUCGGCUACACACGCACAACCAGUGGCCUCUACCUAGGGACCUGCGAACGCUGCGACUGCAACGAGCACACCGCCGAGUGUGACACCGAGACUGGCGACUGCCAGGCCUGCCAGCACAACACGGAAGGACAACGGUGUGAGCGCUGCCAGCCAGGUUUCUUUGGCGAUGCCAGGCGUGGGACCCCUGGAGACUGCCAGCCGUGCCCGUGCUACGGACCAUAUUCUGCUAGCCAACUUGCCAAGACCUGCUUUGUGGACACAGACGGGCAGCCCACCUGCGACUCCUGCGCCCCGGGCUACAUUGGGCGCCAGUGUGAAAGGUGUGCACCGGGCUACGUGGGCAACCCCAGCCGAGGGCAACCGUGCACAGCUACAGACUCUGGCCCCCGAUGCCACUGCGAUCCACAUGGAAGCAUCAGCACCCAUUGCGAUGCCAGUGGGCAGUGCCAUUGUAAGGCACACACGGAGGGGCCCUCCUGCAGCAGCUGCCGCCUGCACCACUUCCACCUGAGCGCGGAGAACAAGGAAGGCUGUUUGCCUUGCUUCUGCAUGGGCGUCACCCAGCAAUGCACCAGUUCCUCCUACCACCGGGACCUGAUCACCACGCCCUUCCUUCCCAGAAACUUCCAAGGAUUCUCACUGGUCAACCGCCAACACACCACCCGGAUCGAGACCGGCUUCGCGGUGGAGAUGUCCCCCGAGGGCCCCCAGCUCUCCUAUGCCCGCUUUGGGCAGCUGGGGGAGGAAACCUACCACUGGCAGUUGCCGGAGACCUACCUGGGUGACAAGACUGUCGGGCAGAAGGAGACCUACUUUGCCCGGAUGCGCCGUGCCCACAAGCAGAACUCCACAUCCCUCACAGAGGAGCAGCUGAGGAAGGACGUGGCAGCUGGCAGGAUCCCCAGCUCUGGCGGCCGGGUCCGGCGAGCCACCCAGGUGCAGGAAGCCCAGUUGAGACGUGAUGCUGAAAUCUGGGAGAUGCUGUCCCGCUGGCAGGCCUCCUCCCACAGGGCGCCCCCUCCUCCCAAGGAGAAGGAGGAGAGCGGCCCCCAACCCCCUCCAGCAGGACUGCGGACCCCCUCUGCUGCCCAGGCAGCCCACUCUGGCCCUCCUCGCUCCUUUGCCUCCUUGGCCAGGGCUCCUCUGCUCCCUGCUUCUCUUGCCGCUGCUCCUGGCUCCCAGCCCCAGGGACAAGGACUCCCCGGCGGAAGGUCCUCAGACUCCUCCAGCAACCUGCUCUCCUCCUCCUCCCAGUACCGCCUCAGGGCGUCUGAGGCUAAAAAGUACUGGUUGCUCUACAAGGGCUUCUCACUCCUUCCCGAAAUCACUUUCUACUGGAAGCUGCCAGACCCCUUCCUGGGGGACAAGGUUGGAUCCUACGGGGGCCAUCUUCGCUACACCCUUUCCUACAAUGCCGGAGGACGAGGCACCCCUCUGCCGGACGCUGAUGUGCAGAUCACUGGUAACGACAUCACCUUGGUGGCUUACCUGUCGGAGCUGCGGCCUCGGGAACGCAAGAGCUUUGAGGUCAUCUUCCAGGAGCAAUACUGGAAGCGCCCAGAUGGCCAGCCAGCCACCCGGGAGCACCUUAUGAUGGUCCUGGCUGACCUGGACGAGAUUCUCAUCCGCGCCACUCACUCCACUGAGAUGCUGUCGGCUGGCAUCACCGGUGUCAGCAUGGAGACCGCGGUGCCCACCUACACCAGCCUGCCCCGGGCUCUGGAGGUGGAGGAAUGCCGCUGCCCACCAGGCUACCAGGGUCUUUCCUGCCAGGAUUGUACAGCUGGCUACACCCGGACAGGCGGUGGGCUCUACCUGGGGCACUGUGCGCUGUGCGAAUGCAACGGGCAUUCAGAUUCCUGCCACCCUGAGACAGGGGCCUGUUCGAGCUGCCUUCAUCAUGCUGCUGGGGAGUUCUGUGACAAGUGUGCCCCCGGAUUCUACGGCGAUGCCACUGCGGGCACCCCAGAGGACUGCCAGCCCUGCGCCUGUCCGCUGACAGAUCCAGAAAACCAGUUCUCAAGGACGUGUGAGAGCCUGGGGGGCGGAGGCUACCGCUGCACAGCCUGUGAGCCGGGCUACACCGGCCAGUACUGCGAGCAGUGUGCUCCAGGUUACACAGGAAACCCCAAUCUCCGUGGGCAGAAGUGUGUCCCCCUGGGUACUCCAGACCACCCAGGCCUCGUCGUGCAAGUCCACCCUCCGCGGACCGCCGUCUCGCAAGGCAGCGAGGUGACCCUGCGUUGCCACGUCAGCGGGGCUCCACCACACUAUUUCUACUGGUCCCGGGAAGACGGGCACCCCGUGCCCAGCACCACCCAGCGCAGGCAGCAAGGGCUGGAGCUCCAUUUCCCCAACAUCCAGCCCUCUGAAGCUGGCGUCUACAUCUGCACAUGCCGGAACCCGCAGUUCAGCAAUGCCAGCCGUGCCGAGGUGGUUGUCACAGAAGGCCCCAGCAAGCCCAUCACAGUGACCGUGGAAGAGCAGAAGGUGCAGAGCGUGAAGCCGGGGGGAGACGUCACCUUUGUCUGCACAGCCAAGAGCAAGUCUCCUGCCUACACCCUGGUAUGGACACGCCAGAACAAUGGGAAGCUGCCCAGCCGGGCCAUGGACUUCAAUGGGAUCCUCACUAUACGCAACGUCCAACCAGAGGACGCUGGGAUCUAUGUCUGCACAGGGUCCAACAUGUUCGACAUGGACGAAGGAGUCGCCACCCUCUACGUGCAAGCUCCGUCUAAGACCCAGAUGUUCUACGGACCUGUAGAAGUGGUGGAAGGCCACAGGCCCUCUGGACCCGCGGUCCACCCCAUGGCCACCAUUGAGCCCUCACAGCUGAGCGUCCAGCCAGGACAAGCGGCCGAGUUCCGCUGCAUCGCUACAGGGAGCCCAGAGCCCACGGUGGAGUGGAUUGGUGGACAAGGGGGCAUCAUCUCCUCCAAAGCCGUCAUCCAGGGUGGGAUCCUGCGCUUCCCGGCAGCGGAGCCUUCCGACGAAGCCCAGUAUUUGUGCCGUGUGCGGAAUAGUGCUGGGCAACAUAUGGCCCGUGCCUUCUUACAAGUACACAGUGCCAGCAUCCCACAAGUGCAGGUGAGCCCGGAACGGACAGAGGUCCAUGAAGGGAGCACCGUGAGGCUCUACUGCCGGGCAGGAGGCUCCCCUGCUGCCACCAUCACCUGGGAAAAAGAAGGAGGCCACUUGCCCCCACAGUCCCGUGCAGAGAGGACAGACAUUGCUACCUUGGUCAUCCCCUCUAUCACGGUGGCUGACGGCGGGGUGUACCACUGUGUGGGGAGCAGCACAGCGGGAGUCGGCCGGGCAAGAAUCGAGGUGAUGGUCAUCCGAGCUGCAGGCCUUUCCCCGAUGGUGAAGAUUGAAUCGUCGUCCUCGUCGGUCAUAGAAGGUCAGACCUUGGAUCUGAACUGCAUCGUGGCCGGCCAGCCAGCUGCAUCCGUCACAUGGUACCGGCGAGGAGGCGCCCUGCCUUCCAACCACCAGGUCUAUGGGUCCGUCCUGCGCAUCCUGCAAGUUUCUGCGGCGGACUCAGGCGAGUACGUCUGCCGCGUCAGCAACGGGGCAGGCCCCAAGGAAGCCUCCAUCAUGGUGACCGUACAACAGCAAGGACACGGUUCCGCACAUGACACCCCACCAGUCAGGAUCGAACCUUCAUCGCCGUCCAUCACCGAGGGACAAGACUUGGAGCUGAGCUGCCUCGUCACGGGCCAGUCGCGGGCCAGAGUCACGUGGUACAAGCGAGGAGGGUCACUCCCGGCUAAUCACAAGAUAUCUGGCUACCAUUUGAGGAUCCUGGCAGCUACGGCAGCAGACUCUGGAGAAUACGUGUGCCGGGUGAGCGACGGAAGCAGUGGAGCGGUGCAAGAAGCCUCCAUUGUGGUGACUGUCUAUGGCACCUCCCAGACCUCAGGAAUCACCCCUCCGCUGAGGAUCGAGUCUCCAUCGCCCUCCAUUGUCGAAGGACAAACCUUGGACUUGAACUGUGUCGUGGCAGGCCAGGCAGGUGGCACAAUCACAUGGUACAAGCGUGGCGGGACCCUGCCAGCUAAUCACCAGGUCUCGGGCUCUCACCUGCGCAUCCCACAAGCCUCCACAGCUGACUCUGGCGAAUACAUCUGCCACGUCAGCCUGGAUUCCAUCGUCAGGGAAGCCUCUGUCAUCGUCUCUGGCACUGGAUCUGCCUCCACUUUAGACAUCACCCCCUCCAUGAGGAUCGAGGCCUCGUCCCCCCACGUUGCUGAGGGGCAAACCUUGGAGCUGGACUGCGUCAUCGCCCACCAGGAUCAGGCCACGGUCACGUGGUACAGGCGUGGAGGAGCCCUCCCGGCCAGCCACCAGGCCUUUGGAUCCCGCUUGCGGCUGGUGAAAGUUUCUCCGGCAGAUUCUGGCGAGUACGUCUGCCGCGUCAGCCGUGGUCCAGCCACCCAGGAGGCCUCGGUCUUCGUCACGAUCCAGCAGGGUGGCACAGGCUCCUUCCCCGCCGGUGUGACUCCCCCAGUACGGAUUGAGUCUUCUUCUACCUCCCCCACUGAAGGCCACACGCUGGACCUGAAGUGCAUUGUGGCAGGACCUGCUUCGCAAGCCAGAGUCACGUGGCACAGACGAGGAGGUGCCCUCCCUGCCGGUCACCAGGUCUCUGGCUCCAUCCUGCGUAUCCCACAGGCUUCAGCUGCAGACUCCGGGGAAUAUGUUUGCCGUGUCAGCAACGGGACGGCUGUCCACGAAGCCUCCCUCAUCAUCACCAUCCAGGGCGGCUCGGGCUCCUCCUACUCUGUGGGCGUCACCCCUCCAAUACGGAUCGAGACCUCCUCCGCGUCCGUUGUGGAGGGGCAGUCAGUGGACCUGAACUGCCUGGUGGCGGGUCAGUCGCAGCCAAGGGUCAUGUGGUACAAGCGAGGUGGUGCCCUGCCCCUCAACAGCCAGAUCCUUGGAUCUCGCCUCAGGAUCCUGCAGGCCUCGGCGGCCGACUCGGGUGAAUACAUCUGCUACGUGAACGAUGGCGACAGUCCACUGGAGGCCUCCGUUAUUGUCUCCAUCCCUGGGAGCUCCGGUUCCGCUUUUUCCUCUGGCAUUGUUCCACCCGUGAGGAUCGAGUCUUCAUCCUCAUCCCUGGCAGAGGGACAGACCUUGGAGCUCAACUGCCUUGUCGCUGGCCAGGUGCAGCCCAAAGUCACCUGGUUCAAGAGAGGAGGGUCCCUCCCAGCCAACCACCAGGUCUCUGGCACCCGCCUCCGCAUCCCUCAGGUCUCCUCCGCCAAUUCCGGAGAGUACGUCUGCCGCGUCAGCAGCGCUGCUGUCACUCAGGAGGCUGCGCUGGUGGUGACAAUCCAAGAUGGCGAGAGCCCCUCCCAUUCUUCAGACACAGUUCCCCCUCUGAAGAUCGAGUCUUCGUCACCCUCCGCUGUUGAAGGGGAGACCUUGGAUCUCACCUGCAGUGUCCCAGGCCAGCCCCAGGCCAUAUUCACGUGGUACCGGCGAGAGGGACCCCUGCCUGCUGGCCACCGGAUUGUUGGUGGUCACCUUCGCCUGGUCCAGCUCACCCCAGCCGACUCCGGCGAGUACGUCUGCCGUGUGAGUGGUGGAGCUGCCCCGCAAGAGGCUUCCUUGGUGGUCUCUGUCCUUGCCAGCGCCAGCGCCGCCUCACGCCUCCAGAGUCCGGUCAUCUCCAUCGACCCCCACAGCACCGCCGUGCGCAAGGGAGCGGACAUCUCCUUCAAGUGCCGGCUCCACGAUGGCGCUCAGCCUGUCGAGAUCUCUUGGAAGCUGCCCAACAACCAGCUGCCAGAAAACGUGAAGAUCAGCCCCAACGGGUCUGUGGUCACCAUCUCCAACGCCCAACCCCAGAACCAGGGCACUUACCGCUGCCUCGCCUCCAACCGAUUUGGGAUAGCCAACAGCGUGGUCAACCUGAUGGUGCAUGGGCCGCCUACCGUCUCGGUGGUGCCAAAGGGCCCCGUGCAAUUGAAGGUGGGCAAAUCCAUCAGCCUGGACUGCCUGGGGGCAGGUGAGCCCCGGGCCCUGGUGCGCUGGAGCAAGGUGGGGGUCCGGCAGAAGGUGGAGCACCAGACAGUGAUGCCGCUGGACAGCCGGGCUGUGUUGCAGAUCUCAUCCGCGAAGCUUGAAGAUGCUGGCACCUAUGUCUGCAUGGCCCAGAACCCCCUGGGGACGGCGGAAGCGCAGGUGGAAUUACGUGUGGAGGCCGUGCACGGGAGACCGGGCGCACCUGAGAUUCGUGCGAACCCAACGCAGACCGUAGUUGCCGGGCAGACGGCUCGGCUCCAUUGUUCUGCCACAGGCGACCCCUCUCCGACCAUCCACUGGUCCAAGCUGAGGGCCCCUUUGCCCUGGCAGCAUCAGAUCGUGAACGACACCCUCGUCAUCCCCCGGGCAGCCCAGCAGGACUCCGGGCAAUACAUCUGCAACGCCACCAACACCGCCGGCUUCACGGAGGCCUUCAUCAUGCUGGAUGUGGAAGCGCCGCCAUACGCCACCACCCUUCCAGACUCGGUGUCGGUGCAGGCGGGCGAGGUGGUGCAGCUGCAGUGCCUGGCUCACGGCACGCCCCCUCUGCGCUAUGAGUGGGCCAAGGCCAAUGGCAGCCUCCCCGGGCACGCCACAGUGCGCGAACGCGUCCUGCACAUCAGCCCCGCCGCCCCCCGCGAUUCGGGCACCUACCUCUGCCGUGUGAGCAACCGGGUGGGAUCAGCCGAGGCCGUCGCCCACGUCCGAGUGCAAGGUGCAGCUGGAGGACCUCUUUCCAUCCAGGUCACCCCACGGAGAGAGACGAAGGCUGUGGGGGGCACAGCAGAAUUUGCGUGUUCUGUUGUUUCCGGAGACCCCCGGGCACGGCUGGAGUGGUCCAGGGAGGGUGGGGAGCUGCCUCCUCAACACAGCAUCCACAACGGCGUGCUUCGAAUCGAGAAGCUGGACCGGGGGUGCCAAGGUGUCUACGUUUGCCGAGCCACCAGCUACUCGGAGGAGGCGGAGGACAGGACCACGCUGACUGUCCAGGCACUGCCCAAGGUGAUGAUCAACAUCCGGACAUCGGUGCAGACCGUGCUGGUGGGCAACGCCGUGGAGUUCGAGUGCCUGGCCUUUGGGGACCCAAAGCCCCAGGUCACCUGGAGCAAGGUGGGCGGGCGGCUGCGCCCAGGGGUGCUGGCCAGCGGCAGCAUGGUGAAGAUUGAGCGUGUGGAGCAGGCCGACGCCGGGCAGUACCGCUGCACGGCCACCAACGACGUCGGCACGGUCCAAUCCCACGUCAUCCUACAUGUCCAGUCUGUGCCCCAGAUUGCUGCAGCCCAGCCAGAAGUGAAAGAGGUCUCCACCGGGUCUAAGGUGGUCUUCCCUUGCUCAGCUUCCGGUUUCCCUGUGCCAGAUAUCACCUGGACCAAGCUGGAAGGAGACCUCCCCAAGGACGUCCACGUGGACAGCAACGUUCUGACCAUCCCAUCCGCUCGCCCCGAGGACACUGGCAUUUACGUCUGCACAGCAUCUAACCGGCAAGGGAAGGUGACGGCUUUCUCCAUGCUCAAAGUGCGCGAACGCGUGGUGCCAUAUUUCACCCAGAAUCCUCGGUCAUACCUUGUCCUGCCGACCAUGAAAGACGCCUACAAGACGUUCGCAAUCGAGAUCACCUUCCGACCGGACACAGCUGACGCUCUCAUGCUUUACUCAGGGAUGCUGGUGUACAACGGGCAGAAGAAGAACACAGGCACGGACUUCGUGUCCUUUGGACUGGUUGGGGGCCGGCCGGAGCUCAGGUUCGAUGCCGGCUCUGGCAUGGCCACCAUCCGGCACCCGUCCAUCAUCAAGCUGGGCGAAUUCCACACCGUCCGGCUGUACCGCAACCUCACCCAGGGCUCUCUUGUUUUGGACAACCACCCUCCCGUCAACGGCACGUCCCAGGGCAAAUUCCAAGGUCUGGAUCUCAACGAGGGGCUGUACCUUGGCGGGUAUCCCAACUAUGCUGCUACUGCAAAGACAGGCCUGACCAGCGGUUUCAUUGGAUGCGUUCGGCAGCUGGUCAUCCAAGGGAAGGAAGUUAUCUUCAAAGACUUUGACCUGCAAGCUCACGGCGUCUCCAACUGCCCCACCUGCCAGGACCGUCCGUGUCAGAACGGAGGCGCCUGCAGGGACUUGGAGAGCAGCAGCUAUGUGUGUGAGUGCCCACAGGGAUUCGCUGGAAGCAACUGUGAACACCCCCAGGCCCUACGCUGCCAUCCAGAGGCCUGCGGUCCCGACGCCACCUGUGUUAACCGAGCCACUGGGCAAGGCUACACUUGCCGCUGCCUCCUUGGGAAAUACGGAGAGAAGUGCAUGGAGGGCGCCACGGUGACCGUGCCCUAUUUCCAUGGGGGCGACGCCUUCAUCUCCUACCCACCCCUCACCAACAUCCACUACGAGCUGCGCGUGGACCUAGAGAUCAAGCCGCUGUCCCCCGAUGGCCUCAUCCUCUUCAGCGGCGGGGAUGGCUCCCCCGUGGCAGAUUUUGUCUCGCUCAGCAUGGUCAACGGGCACUUGGAGUUCCGCUACGAGCUGGGCUCAGGAACGGCCGUCCUUCGAAGUGCAAAGCCCCUAGAGCUGGAACAGUGGCACAGGAUCACGGCCGAGCGCCUGAACAAAGAUGGCACCCUGCAGGUGAACGAUGAGCGGCCCGUCAAGAGGUCCUCGCCGGGGAAAAGCCAGGGUCUGAACCUCCGCACUUCCAUGUACCUGGGGGGCGUGGACGACGCCAUCAGGCUGCCGCCGGCUGCCAACGUCUCCAGCCACUUCUACGGGUGCAUCGGGGAGGUCUCAAUCAACGGGAAGAAGGUGGACAUUUCGUACAGCUUCCUGGAGAGCCGCAGCAUCUCGCAGUGCUUUGACAGCUCCCCUUGCGACCGCAGGCCCUGCCAGCAUGGUGGCAAGUGCUUGCUGACCGGCGAGUACGAGUUCCAGUGCCUGUGUCUGGAUGGCUACAAAGGGGAGCGCUGCGAGGUGUCUGAGGUUCAGUGCCAGCUCCAGCAGCCCUGCCUCAAUGGGGGCAUCUGCAAAGACACAGCGUGUGUCUGCCCUCCUGGCUUCCUGGGAUUAUACUGUGAACACGAUGCAUCACAGCACCAGUCAAAUACCGAGUGGACUCCCGAGGGCAGCGGAGGAAAUGAUGCCCCUGGACAGUACGGUGCCUAUUUCCACGACAACGGCUAUGUGGCCCUUGGGCGCCACACUUUCCCAAGGAGCCUCCCUGACUCACCGGAGACGAUCGAGCUGGAAGUGCGCACCAACUCGGCGAAUGGGCUUCUCCUCUGGCAGGGCGUGGCAACCAGGGAGGCGGGCCUUGAGCAGCAUGCUGCUAGCGAGGAGGAAGGAGAGAGCGCCAAAGCAAAGGACUUCAUCAGCCUCGGGCUGAAGGACGGGCACCUGCUGUUCAGUUACCAGCUAGGAAGCGGAGAAGUGAACAUCCUGUCCGAAGACCCAGUUGAUGAUGGGGAAUGGCAUAGAGUGACAGCCAUCCGGGAAGGGAAAAGAGGCUUCCUUCAAGUCGAUGGCGAGGAGAUGGUCGCUGGGGAAUCUCCUGGCAAGAACGUCAUGGUGAAUACCAAAGGUCGAAUUUAUAUAGGUGGAGCACCUGACAUCCAAGCCCUGACCGCGGGAAAGUACAUCUCGGGGAUCACGGGCUGCGUCAAGAACGUGGUGCUGAUCAACGACCGGCCCGGCCAGCAGCCUCAGCAGCCCAUUGACCUGCACCAUCACUCGGAGGCCGGCCUCAACAUCCAAGAGUGCUCCUCAUAGGCCGGGCUUGCCUCUUAACCACACUCUUCGCUGUUUUGUUUUUUUGUCAUCAGGCCAAUUGAGAGACAUCUAUUGUUAUUAUUAUUAUUAUUAUUUUAUUAUUAUUAUUAUGAAUUUUUUUAAAAAAGAGAAACACACACACACACUCACAAAUGGUGCUUUGCUGCUACCAAAAGAAAAUGGGGGUGGGGAGAUGUGGGAGGGAGUUGGUUUGUGAGGGUUUUUUUUGUGGAAGUGACAGACCGAUGGGGGCCACGCAGGGCCUGUCGUCGUCCCCCCACCUUCCCCAGCCCUCACAUGGAAGGACACACACAGAGAGAGAGACACUUAAAAGGACUGGAGAGCGGCAUUCGUGAGAGGCGAUUGGACAGUGCCGUGCCCGAGGUUUUCCAGGGAUGAGCAUCUCGGACAGGGCAGAGAGAGCCCUGAAGAGGCUGCUCUGAGGCCGAGGGGUGGGCAACAGGGUGACCACGUGGCUUCUCUUGCUUCCGCUGCUGGGCUGGGCUGGGCCAGGCAGGUUGUGACCAAAGAUACUGUC